AUGAAGAAGCUGCCCCGGCAUCUCCACUAUGCCAUUCCUCCUGGCCCUCCUCUGGCUCUGCCAGCUGGCCACCGCCUCCUCCCCACCAUCUCCAUCCCUCCCUCCACCCUCCUUCCCAACCCUCAUGUGCUCCCCGCAACCACGCAUGCAACUCUCACCACCCUCCCCUCAUCCGGCACCGACCACGUGCUGACCACUUCGCUCACCCGCGCCGGGACCCUGAUCUUCCACAGCCUUCCUGCCGGCCACCCGGAAUCCUACCUGCUCGAUAUCCGCGCCGGCGAGUACGUGUUUGCCCCCUACCGCGUCGAUGUCGCCGCCGACGGGUCCGUCCUCGGCAUCUGGGAGACUUUCCGCGGCAAUCCCUGGGAUAAUCGCGGCGCGGAGAAAUAUGUCGUCGAUGUCGCCGGCAAGAAGCGCGCGGAUGUUGUGGUGGAGGCCAGGGCCCUCGGCCGCAAGGGUUUCUAUGAGGAACGCGCCAAGUUCUCGCUGAUGAGCCUCGCCAAGAACCCCAUGAUCCUCCUGGCCAUUGCGGCCCUCGGCCUCACGCUGGGCAUGCCCAAGCUCAUGGAAAGCAUGGAUCCCGAAAUGCGCGCAGAAUUCGAGCAGCACUCCCGGUCUUCCCCCCUCACCGGUGCCACCAACAGCGCCAUGACCGGCGGUGGAUUCGACCUGGCCGGAUGGAUGGCUGGCACCGCGCCCAGCCCCAUGGCCAAUGCGGAGGGGGCUCGCGAAGGCGCCACUGGCCGGGAGGCUGCUGCUGGCUCGGCGCGGAAACGUGGCUAA